AUGACCUUCUUCCAGCAAUCUUCAUCACUUGAAACCCUAGCUUACUUAGACUUAUCUGGUCCUUCCUCGUGUAAGCCAAAAUCAUUGAACAAGCAUACAUUUAGUGCUCUUUCGAGAUUGCUUUAUUUAGAUGUGUCCAACAUUGACUUGGGUAGUAUCAUGAAAGGGACAUUUUCCCAAAUGAAAUAUUUGCAGUAUUUGGACAUAUCUUAUAACACAAGACUGGGAUUUGUGGGAGUUGAAAAUGUUACACACGAUUUACCGAAUACAUCCAUACGAGUUUUCAAAUUUCAAAAGAUAGUUCCAACAUUUUCCAUGAAUCAGAUGCUAAUGAAAAAUCAGAUGAAGCCUCUUAAUGGAACCAAAAUAAGAGAGAUUUAUGCUGAUAGUAACCGUAUUCAGCUGGUUGAAAUAGGAGCAAUCAGCUAUUUACCAAACACUAUAGAGAAAAUUUCCAUUGGUGAAAACUGGCUAUCUUAUGGAUCGUACAUUUUUGAAUUACAAAAACUCUCUACAAAGGUAAUAAAUGCUUCAUUUCUUGCCUGGUCACAUGAUCCUCGAGAGGAAGACACUGGUUGGUGUGUAUCUGGAGAAAAUUCAUUGGAAAUUGAUACAAACUUUAAGAAAUGUGUCUCAUCAGAUCACGGAACUCCAGUCUUAGGAGUUACGAAGCACAUAUCCCCUUUGAAGCUAGAUUACUUCAAAACCAUUAAUCUCCCCAGAAAUCUAAAAGAAUUAUAUUACACCAGUUGUAAAUUACAAUUUGAGAUUCCAAAACUUAAUUUCAGUAAGAAUGUACUGGAAAAGGUAGAUUUUUCUUCUAACAUAUUUUAUUCAUUAAAAGGUCCUUUGGUCAAUCUAAAACACUUAAGUUACCUUGAUUUAUCAAACAAUUUUUGUUCGAAUAUUUCUACAGUAUUUUUCUCAGGGUCUCCAAAUAUCAAGACACUAAAGCUUCAAAAUAAUCUAUUAGGAUUUAUUUUGCCAAAAGACAAAGAAGGGGAAAUAUUUAAUCAUUUAGUACAUUUAGAAACCAUUGAUUUAUCGGAAAACAAAAUUUCGGCCAUGCCCCGUUUACUUUUUACAUCGCAGGUCAAUAUACGGAAUAUUCAUUUAGCAAAUAAUUUGAUUGAAAGAUUACAUUUCCAAAUUGAUCAUAUGGUAAAUCUCUCUUUUAUAGACCUUUCAAGCAAUGCUAUAAUGUUUCUCAAAACUGAGGAAACAGCCGAACUUGACAAAGCGGCAGAGAAAAGCGGAAAUCUUACAUUAGAUCUUAGUGGGAAUCCAAUCCAAUGCACAUGCAACAAUAUAAAUUUUAUCAAAUGGAUAGCGUCAACUAAGAUUCGUCUGAAAAACUUAAAAUCGUAUUCCUGUCUGCUCAAUAACCAAACAAAAACUACACUCAAACACCGAAAUGCGCUUUUAAAAAUGCUUGAAAAAGAAUGUUCCACAUAUCUUGGUUUGAUAUUGGCUACUGUGUCUUUAGUUGUUCUGUUUAUUAUUGUUGUAAUAAGCGGACUUAUAUACAGAUAUCGGUGGAAGCUGAGAUACCUGUAUUUCAUGACAAAAUUUAAAUUCAACAGAAGGCCAAAUUUACUUGAUCUUUCAUACGACUAUGACGCCUUUGUUUCUUAUGCCGAAGAAGAUCAGCAUUUUGUACAUGAAACAUUUCUUACCAACAUUGAAGAAGGAGCAGAACUUCGAGUGUGUCUCCAUAAGCGUGAUUUUCUUGUUGGAAAUGAAAUUGCUGCCAACAUUACUGAUGCAAUACACAGAAGUCGCAAGACAAUUUGCAUAAUCACUAAUCAUUUUUUAAAUUCAUAUUGGUGCAUGUUUGAAUUCAACAUGGCUCGUAUGGAGAGUAUUUACUCUCGAGACGGAGAGAACAUAGUAAAUUUAAUUUUCCUGGAACAAAUUCCCUCAAAGGCUCUACCUCUGGUUUUAUUGGAACUCGUACAGUCACAAUCGUACGUAGAAUUUCCGAAUGAUGAAUAUGGCGAUACUCUCUUCUGGGAGAAUUUGAAGAAAGUUUUGUCUGAUUAA